AUGGAGGAGGUUACUCGCCAACUAAAGAGCCUCUACAGUAUUGCAGCAAAAACCGGCUUGAGGGUCAACAUACAGAAGACUGAGUUCAUCACCAAUGUCAAGGAGGCUUCUUCUACAAUCCCACUAGGAAACAAUACUGUCUGUAAAGUUACUGCAGUCAAGUACUUACAAGAAUGGAUCUCAGCAAGAGAGAGCGAAAUCUUGACCAUAGACGCCAGGUGCACCAAGUUAGAGAGGGCCUAUCAUUCCUGUAAGAACAUCUAUGCCUCCAAGUACCUAUCCAAGAACAUAAAGCUGAAGCACUACAACUUGGUAGUAAAACCCUCUGCACUGUAUGCCUCUGAGUGCCUCUUGACGAAUCGAAAGGGCCCACUCAGGAAAGUAGAUCUAAAAGAGAGGCAGAUCCUGAGGAGAAUACUAGGACCCAUAAGAGAGGAAGACUGUACCUACAGAAUCAGGCACAAUAACGAGCUCUACGAACAUCAGGAAGACAUAGUAACAUGUAUGGACACAUGA